AUGAAUCAAGUAUUGAAGCCUUUCAUUAGAACAUUUGUUUUUGUCUAUUUUAACAAUAUUUUGAUAUAUAGUAUCAUAGAAGAAGAACAUCAUCAUCAUUUGAGAUCUAUAUUAACUAUUUUACAACAAAAUAAGUUAUUUAUCAACUUGAAGAAAUGUAAAUUUCUCACUUCAAGUUUAGUUUUUUUGGGAUAUAUUGUAAGUACAAAUGGCAUCAAAGUAGAUGAAGAAAAGGUUGAAUCUAUUAAAGACUGGCCAAUUUUAAAGAAUAUACAUGAUGUUUGUAGUUUUCAUAGCUUUGCAUUCUUCUAUAGAAGAUUUAUUCAAAAUUUCAAUUUAGUUAUGGCUCCCAUCACUGUGCAUGAAAAGAAGAAACUUUUAGUGGACAAAUUCAAUAGACAUAAGUUUUAUUCUAAUUAA